AUGCCGUGGCGCGCGGUGCCCGAGGUCCUGAAGUUGGACGCCAACAAAAUGCACGAAAUCGACCCUUCAAACGCCGUCAGCUUAAAAGCAAUGUGGACAAUGUUCUCCAAAUGCUCAGAUACAAUCCGAGAGGGUCAUCGCUAUGAAAACAUGAGUUGGCGAGUCUGGUCGAGAGAAUCUUUAUGCGUAACUCCCGCCGCAUCCCCACCGACCACGUCCCGCGUACCGUCGUUAUCGAAUUCCUUUUCAUCAGACGUCAGCUUGAGUGAGAAAUGUCUCGUACCGAGGUCGACAUCAUUUGGCCAGGAAGAUUGCGCUAGUUCGCUAUCCAAGUCGAAGCACCUGACCUCGGACACCUUGGAAAAAAUAAUGGUCACGAUACAAGAAAAGUCAGAAAUAUGUCCACUAUCUCCUUCUAUCGAAGCUAGUUUACCGGCACUUGCUGCUCAGCCCGAGCCAACCCCCGCCGCCAAAGCUGAUACCGAGAAAGAAUCUCGGCCUCUACAUGAUUCGACCGACUCUUGUAUUUCCAACACUACCAGCGCCACCAUCAGUACCACUGCUCGUAAGAGUGAGCACCGUGACUCCGAUACCUCUGUGUCUUCCGACGGUCUCAUCCGAUCAGGAUCUGUUGUACAUGGCUUCUCCCCUGCCGCGUCCUCAUUCCGUUCACGCAAAACGGACAACAUGCCGCCUCCAGUGACCUCGAAACUGAUUCCCAAACCUGCGAUCAAGCCCGGUAUGUUUACUCUUGGCGGAUCCUCCGAAGACGAGUCGUCUUUCGAACAAAGAGUGCUCUCGCAUAAACCGGCCCCUAUGAAAAGCUCGUUGUCUCAGAGUCUGAGUAAGACCAACCUGACGGUCAACGGCCAGUCUAAACUCCCCUCAAAGCGAACCUCAUUCAAGGAUGUAGUCGCGGAACGCAGAAUACAGGAAGACGCCGAGAACGAUGAGGGCGCCAUUGAAAGCAGUGACGAAGAGGAUGAUACGGACGAGGUUAUGGAAUCAGCCAUUGACGAAGACGAGGAAGAAGACGGCGAUGAAUGGGAAGACUCGAAUUCAGAUGACGGUAAGGUGGUGCAAGAACCUCAUCUCUUCCGCCGCGUCGACAGUCGUCCCGAUUUGGUAUCGCGUCGAUCCAUGUUGACUCUAGCACUCAACAAGUCUCAAACUGGACUGAAUCACGCAUAUUCUCAACCUGCAAUACAUCGGAAUCGAGCACUAUCAAGUCACGCUGAGCCCAUGGCAGCUUCACCCGAGGAAGAGGAUGGAAUGAUGAUGCAGAGCUCUGGUCGGCGUCCUAUUGAGAUCCCCCCUCCAAGUGCCUCUGGCAAGACGCUGGCACACUCCCCACGUACAACAAGACGCAACAUGCUGUCGACUGAACUGACCGAAUCCCUACGCAAGAAUCUACUCUGGGAGAGGCAGCAAAAAUCCCAGACUGCAAAUGCUUUCUUAAAGAGAAGCAGAAACGCCCAGAGUAUGGCAAAUCUACAAUCUCAUACGCUACCGAAUGCGGCACCUCAGCAACCACCACCCCUGCUGCAGGAAACAUCAAAGAACAACUCCUGGAACCACUAUUUUGAUAACCCUUGGGAGUACCAUGCCAAAGGCUGGUAA